AUGUGUGGUAUUUUCUUUUGUAUUUAUACGGAAGGAAAGUGCUGCAAAAAUGUUGAAGUAGAGGCCUUAGUGGAUUCUGUAAUACCUUUGGUUGCAAAGAGAGGACCAGAUUGCUUAAAGACAGAAGAAAAACUAAUUUUUGAUCAUAAAACAAGCAACGAUAUAAAGCUGAACUUAACUGGCUCUGUGCUUCACCUCAGAGGAGACCUAACGCCACAACCGCUACGAGAUAGAACGGGAAAUGCUUUGCUUUGGAAUGGAGAGGUGUUUGGCGGUGUAUUGAUUCCAGAUAGUGAUAAUGACACGACAAUAAUAUUCAAUCUACUUGGAAAUUGUUCCGAUGUCCAGUCUGUCUUAUCASUAAUAUCAAGUAUACAAGGUCCUUGGGCAUUUGUCUAUUACCAGGCAAGCCAGGAAAAGCUAUGGUUUGGACGUGACUUCUUUGGCAGGAGGAGUUUGGUUUGGCAUUUACCAACUGAUGAGGAAGAUAUCUUUGUUGUGUCAUCUGUUGCACAGCGGAAUUGUCCAGAAAUUAUUAAAACAUGGUUUUGGGAAGAGGUUCCAGCUAGUGGAAUAUAUUGCCUGGAGUUCAACCCAACAAAGGAUGACUUUGAGCACGCUGUGGAAUCAUUCCGAUUUCAUUCACUCUYACUAAAACAAUAUUCCUGGAUGUCAAUUGAAACUAUUAACAAAGAUAUGUACAGUCUAAAAAGGCCAGUUUUACCAUUCAACAAACAGCUACCAACGGAAUUGGAUAUAAAAAUUUUGGAUGAACAUUAUAGUAAUCUUAAAUUAACAGCGACAAAUGGACUUAAAGAUUUAGACAAAUCUUUGCUACUURCAAAUAUCAAUCAUGACAAUUUAUUAAGAACUUCACAAAGCACAACAAAUAAUAAAAGUGAACUUGGGUCAUGUGGAAUGGAGUGCACUAUAAAAGUUACUAAAUAUGAACCUGCUGAGGGUACUUCAACUAGUUUCUCUGAAACUGCUAAAAAUGAAGAGUUAGACAAUGUUUUGUUGAAUGCAAAAGGCAGUAAUGAGAGCCUACCAAGYAUUYCAGAUUCGAAAACCAUGGUAACAAAAGAURUUGAAGUUGAUUCAUCCAGAGAACGARGUGUUCAGGUUUACAAYGUUGAGACUCUAAGCACUCUUUGCAGCAAAACCAUUUCAAMUUCUAACACUUAUGACAUGUCUUCUCUGAGGCAUGAAGUGACCAGUUAUCAUAUCUCAAGAACUCAAUACCUGGAUAAUUUACCAUAUGUUCUGAUUGAUAUACUUGGAGARGCUGUAAGAAAGAGAGUCUUGAAUUUACCAAGAGGGGAAAUCMRACAMAAUUCUGACAGGGAAAKGCAUUKUACAAAUGAAAGACAGCAUUCAAGYCUUCAAGUAGGRUGCAMGCAGYSGAAGGAAUGCAGUGGUUUUAAGCAUGCAAGAGUAGGGAUUUUAUUUUCUGGGGGAAUAGAUUCUAUUGUUCUUGCUGUUCUUGCAGACAGGUAUGUUCCUGAUGAUGAAUCCAUUAACCUAAUAAACGUUGCCUUUGAGCAGAAGCAGCCUAAACCAAACCCCACUAGCAAACGAAAACCAAAACACAGCGAUACUAGUGACAAGAAUCCUAGUUUUAAUGUCCCUGAUAGACUUACAGGAAUAUCUGGACUGAAAGAACUUGAAAAGAUAAACCCACAAAGGCAGUGGAAUUUUAUUGAGGUUAAUGUUACAUUAAAAGAUCUUCAAACGGAAAGAUGUGAACAUAUCACCCACCUCGUGUCCCCCCUGACAUCAGUUCUAGAUGACAGCAUAGGAUGUGCCUUGUGGUUUGCAGCCAAGGGGAGUGGUACAUUAAGGUGUCCUUCUUGUAUCAMUGAAGUUGAUUCACCAUGUGAGCAUCCUGACUGUUAUACCAGUAUGGCCAAGGUACUUCUUGUUGGUAUGGGAGCAGAUGAACAACUUGGAGGUUAUGCAAGGCACAGAACAAUGUUCAACAAAGAAGGAUGGUUAGGUCUCGUCAACGAGAUGGAAAUGGAAGUCAGYCGUAUUUCUCAACGUAACCUUGGUAGAGAUGACCGCUGUAUUUCAGAUCACGGGCGCGAGGCACGCUUCCCAUUCCUUGACGAACAAGUUGUAUCAUUCUUGAGUGGGAUCCCUGUGUGGCUUAAGUCUGAYCCAAGGCUACCSAGGGGGACUGGAGAAAAAAUUCUACUGCGYAAGUCAGCGAGGCUUCUGGGACUGACGUCAUCAGCGGUUUUACCGAAAAGRGCCAUACAAUUUGGCUCAAGAAUUGCCAAACUUGAAGGAGCCAAUGAAAAGGGAUCUGAUACAUGUGCAAGACUGAAAUCGUGAUGUAUUGUGUGGUGUUUCUUCUUUAUCAAUAAACCUUCMUUAGUCACAUGCUGAAACUGAACUUGAAUAGCAAAAAAUGSUGGGCGAAAAGAYGAGGUUUCUUGUAUCUCGUAUUCAGCUCGGCCGUACWCUGAAAAACACUGCUUAAAAUYUCGCGCGMUAUAAUGUUUUCGAAGAAAUAUUGAGCGCAACGCAUACCACGCUAGAUGAUAUGUCAUCAACAGAUAAAGUCUUUCUGAAAAUUCGUACGUUUARCCAUUUUGUAGUUAAUAAGCCUUGAAAUUUGUUMUUUGCGCAUUUCAAUUGACAGCGUCUGGCGUGGAGGAAUAGACAAAGAACUAAAAAAGGCGUCUUUACUUUGGAAUUAAAYACCAGUGAAUACCAUUAAAUAUCCAGUUGGUUAGG